AUGUCGAAUCCAAUCGACCCAACUGUUGAUCCAUAUGGCUAUCUGGGUAUGGCCAGAAACCCCGACGGGUCUGUUACACGUAUAGUUGAGAUUUUUCCCACCACUCCUGCCUGUUCUAAUCCCAGUGACUCAAAUCCGGUCCUAACUAAAGACAUCCCUGUUAAUGAAUCAAACAAAACUUGGGUCCGUAUAUUCCUUCCCCGGAAAGCAUUUGAUUCCGAUCCGGCCGUGAAACUGCCGGUCAUAUUUUACUACCAUGGUGGCGGGUUAAUCUUACUCAGUGCAGACAGUACCAUGUUCCAUGAAUUCUGCAGCAAAGUGGCAAUUGAAAUACCGGCAGUGAUAGUGUCGACAGAGUAUCGUCUUGCUCCGGAACACCUCCUUCCGGCAGCCUAUGAUGACUGCAUGGAAGCCUUGCAGUGGAUCAAACCCACCAGUGAUGAGUGGCUAACAAAAUAUGCUGAUUUCUCAAAGUGUUAUCUUAUGGGAUCUAGUGCUGGCGGGACCAUAGCCUAUCAUAUUGGCUUACGUGCUGUUAGAGAUGAUCUCAAUCCUGUGAAGAUCAUAGGGUUGAUAUUGCAUCAACCGUUCUUCGGUGGGGUCAAGAGGACUCAGUCAGAACUAAGGCUAGUUAAUGAUAAGGUGCUGCCACCAUGUGUGACUGAUAUAAUGUGGGAACUCGCGUUGCCAACCGGCGUUGACCGCGAUCACGAGUAUUGUAAUCCAAUGGUGGGAAUCAAAUCAGAUGUUUUGGAACAAAUCAAGGACCUGGGAUGGAAGAUCUUGAUCACGGGAUUUGAUGGGGAUCCACUAAUCGACCGUCAAAUUGAGCUGGCAAAGGUACUGAAAGAGAAGGGCUUGAGGGUCAUCGACGAAUUCAGUGAAGGAGGAUUUCAUGGGUAUGGGAUUAGAGAUUUCUCUGAAGCUAAUAAGCUGUUUGGUGUUCUCAAGAAUUUUAUUACAUCUUAG